AGAGUGCCGUUAGGCGGAUGACAGUUUGUUUUCACAGAGGGCCUGUCUGAAGAGAACAACGAGCUUUUACACCCCCAGACACGAGAAUUUAACCGCUUCUCGUCAAGAUGAGACGGCUUAUUCCAAAAUCCAAAGGAUGUGAAUCCCGGCGACCCGACUGUGUAAAACAGCUCUAGUCAAGCCAAGACAAAGAGUGGAGUUAAAACAAGCAUGAGGCUGGUGGCCUCCACACCAACUACAGCAAACACGCUUCACCCCAAUGGAGUUUUAACCCCUGCAGGAGUACAGACUGCCUCGGUGAAGGAAAACAGGUAUGUAUGAGCACACACUGAUAUAGCAACCCCUCCCUUUGGUUCUGCCCUCGAACAUCGAACAAAAUACAAGAGCGAGAGAACAGAGCGAUAAAACUGAGGGUCCCAUGUGCCAUUGGACUGCGGGGCUUUCGCCAUGAGCAGUACUCUGGGCAAAGAUAAAGACUCUAAGGAGAGGGAACCCAAAGCUGAAGGGAAAUCCAAAACCAAAGGGAAAGAUGCCAAAGAUGGGAAGAAAGACACAAGCGGUGCUUCGCCCGCGGUGGCCUUCACCUUGGACAGCACGAUAAAGCGGCCCAAUCCGCCGCCCAGCACGCGCAAAAAAUCCAGCAAUGCCGAGGUCAUCAAGGAGCUGAACAAGUGCCGCGAGGAGAAUUCGAUGCGCCUGGAUUUGUCCAAGAGAUCCAUCCAUCUGUUGCCCUCGUCCAUCAAGGAGCUGACCCAGCUGACCGAGCUCUACCUGUACAGCAACAAGCUGCAAAGCCUGCCGCCCGAGGUGGGAUGCCUGUCAGGAUUGGUGACGCUGGCGCUCAGUGAGAACUCUCUGACCAGCCUACCUGACUCGCUGGACAACCUGAAGAAGCUGCGGAUGCUCGACCUGCGGCAUAACAAGCUGCGGGAGAUCCCGGCUGUGGUGUACCGCGUCAGCUCCCUCACCACACUCUACCUGCGCUUCAACCGCAUCACCACCGUAGAGAAGGACAUCAAGAAUCUGUCCAAACUCACAAUGCUGAGCAUCCGAGAGAACAAGAUUAAACAGCUGCCCGCAGAGAUCGGUGAGCUCUGUAACUUGAUCACGCUGGAUGUAGCCCACAACCAGUUGGAGCACCUUCCUAAAGAGAUUGGAAAUUGCACUCAGAUUACCAACCUUGACCUGCAGCACAAUGAUCUUCUCGAUCUGCCUGAGACUAUAGGUAACUUGGCAAGUAUAAACCGUCUAGGUUUGAGGUACAACCGCCUAUCAGCGAUCCCUCGAUCUUUAGCAAAGUGCAGAGAGCUGGAAGAGCUCAACCUUGAAAACAACAACAUCUCGGUUUUACCAGAGGGGCUUCUCUCCAGUCUGGUGAACCUGACAAGUCUGACGCUGGCGCGAAACUGUUUCCAGUCUUACCCAGUGGGCGGCCCGUCCCAGUUUUCCACCAUCUAUUCUCUCAACAUGGAGCACAACCGUAUCAACAAGAUCCCUUUUGGCAUUUUCUCUCGAGCAAAAGUGCUUAGCAAGCUCAAUAUGAAGGACAACCAGCUAACAUCUCUGCCACUGGAUUUUGGGACGUGGACCAGUAUGGUGGAGUUGAAUCUGGCAACAAACCAGCUUACCAAGAUUCCAGAGGACAUCUGCGGCCUUGUGUCUUUAGAGAUGCUUACAUUGUCCAACAACCUGUUGAAAAAGUUGCCUUAUGGGAUUGGCAACUUAAGGAAACUACGAGAGCUUGAUCUGGAGGAGAACAAACUGGAGUCUCUCCCUAAUGAGAUUGCCUACCUUAAGGAUCUGCAGAAACUCGUAUUGACCAAUAAUCAGCUGACAACUUUGCCGAGAGGAAUCGGUCACCUGACCAACCUGACGUACCUGGGCUUGGGAGAGAACCUGCUGCAGCACCUUCCCGAGGAGAUCGGCACAUUGGAGAAUCUGGAGGACCUGUACCUGAAUGACAACCCCAACCUGCACAGUCUGCCAUUCGAGCUGGCGCUGUGCAGCAAACUGUCCAUCAUGAGCAUAGAGAACUGCCCGCUCAGCCACCUGCCGCCACAGAUCGUCGCCGGAGGCCCUUCCUUCAUCAUCCAGUUCCUCAAGAUGCAGGGCCCCUACCGCGCCAUGGUCUGA